CAACUUUUUUUCUUUCCUCUUUUAGAUAUAUAUAUAUCAUAAAAACAAACUCCAUUUCGUUUUCAUGUUUGAGCUUUAAUUUAGCAUCCAUUGAUCAAACCUUGAGGAUGAGUUCAGCCACAUUUGCUGCCCCUCUAGCCCUAUACCAACGCACAAGAAUUAACUCAAAACCAUUUCAGCAUAGACCUUCCCUCCAUAAAAUUCAUGGUGGAAUAACUUGUAUUUACAGCAAUUUUCAUUCAUCAUAUUUGAAGCAGUCUUUGGUUCCGGUAACUUACCCUUCACGGAAGCAACGAGGCCUAUCGACUCUAGUGCCACCGGUUGCCAAGGGUUCCGGUUCGGGAGAGGAGGAUUCGCAAGGAGCCUUGGAAACGGUUCUCAAGCUUUACUCGGCGAUCAAGAACCGAAACGUACACGAGCUAUCCGAUAUCAUCGAUGACGAAUGCCAAUGCAUCUGCAAUUUCUUCUCGUGUUUCCGACCUUUACAAGGGAAAAAGCAAGUGAUUGAAUUCUUCACUUCUUUGAUAAAGUAUAUGGGAAAUCACAUUGAAUUUGUGGUGCAACCAACACUGAAUGAAGGGAUGGUUGUUGGCAUCCAUUGGAGAUUAGAGUGGAAUAAUGCUAAUGUGCCACUGGGAAAAGGUUUCAGCUUCUAUACUUGCCAUGUCUACCAUGGAAAAGUGAUGAUAAGGAAUGUCGAGAUGUUCAUGGAACCACUCCUUCAUCUGGAACCAUUCAGGCUAAAAAUAAUCGGAUACUUGACGAACAUAAUGGACAAUAUAUGCUCGGGGGUGUCAUCCAAAGCCUGGAAAAAGAAGGUCAUAAGUGCAGUUCUUUCUCUGUUGUUUAUAGCUACCAUUCUGCUUUUCUCAAUGUAUUAGAUAGCCUCUUUUUCUUCUCGUUCGAUUACUCUGUUUAAGAAACAGCUAUCGACAAUAUAACCCUCCUAUCUAUAUAGCUA